AUGCCGGCCUCAGCCGGUGCGCGGGUUCCGCAUUCUUCCGCCGGCCGGUCGCCGCCGCUCGUGUCGCCGCCGCCGAGGCCGCCAGGCGAGUGCCGCGCGGGGCCGGGGCGCAGACGGCGCGCUCUGGCCGGCACGGCCCGCGGGCGGCCCCCAGCGGCGCGGGCAGGCGGCCUCCUCGGGGCGCACCCAGCCUCGCGCCGGCCUCCGCCACCCGCAUACCCACUGCGCCUUCCCGGCCGCAUCCCGCCCAGCUCGCCCGCCGAGUGCUGGGGAAGGAAGGGGCGCUGCCCGGAGCUGGGGACCCCGCUCGCCAUCUCUGCCCCGGGGGAGACAGCCCGCAGUUAUGAGCGCAGUGACACAUCCUGUUCAGAACAAAUUGCAACAGAGGCGGCUGAAAAGUCACAGCUGCCCGCCGGCCAGUCCCGGUCGCUGCUAAUAGCCGCUCAGCACCUUCCGGAAGCCUCUAUCCUCCCCGUCUUACCCCCAGACCGCCAGGCGGAGGACGCCAGUAAUCAGCAGAGACCCCCACCCAAGGGCCAGGACCCCACAGCUCCCAGCCCAGCCCAGGGCCUCCAGAUGCCCAGGCCCACGGAGAACAGAGCAACCACCCAGAGUCCUCCUCGAGUCUCAGGCUGCGAACCAGCGCCGCUGUGCCCACAGGAACCCCUCUGCCUGCAAGCCCUCGGCGCGGGCAGCCUGUGGGCCUGAGAGUGGCCUUCACUUCUCUCCCGAGUUGCCAGGGUUGGGGCCACAGCCAGGGCGACGCUCUGGGUCUGAGACUCAGGCCUCGGCACCCCGGCCCCCGAAGGACCCUGAGGGCUGAAGCAGCGAGCACCCAUCUGGCUGGACUGGCCUUGGCCCUGGACCCUCGCAUGGGGCAUGGGUGGAGGAGGAGCGGGCACACCUGGCAGAGCAGACCCUGCCCCUGCCCCUGCCCCCCACACGCACUGGAGCUCGGGCUGAACAACCACAGGACACGACCGCGGCCAGAGCUCUCCAGGGGCCGCCAGUCCUCCCCCCUCCCUCCCUCCCGGGCCACACGCUCUCCUCCUCCUCCAGGGCCUGCUGCCUGCCCGGAGGCGGCCCUCCACUGGCCCCGCAGGAUGCGGUCGCCCAGGGAAGGUCACUGGGCUGCAGGGCAGGCUGUGCGGCCGGGGACAGCCUCCUGGAGGGGGUGCUGGGCACAGCCUGCAGAAAAGCCAGGCUCCCCACGCAGCCCUGGGCACAGAGUCCUCUGCCCACCCCCUACAAAAGGGUCAUUGUGUUCCACCCAGAGAAACAGAAAAGCCAGAGGAAAGAUGGGGUAGCAGCUUUGGGGGAGCUCUGCAGGGGGGCCAGCCACCCUCCCCCUCCCGGGGGGCCAAAGCCAGAGGUGCAGGGAGGGAGGCACAGCCCCAGAGGCCCUCACAAGGUGUGUCCAGGGGCCCUGAGGGCGAAGCAGAGAGCACCCAUCUGGCUGGACUGGCCUCGGCCCUGGACCCUGGUGUGGGUGGGAGGAGGAGCGGGCACU